GCAAUCAGUUUGUGUUGAAAAUGCCGCCGCGUUGGUUGUGCAACGCAUAAAAACGUUCACGUUGACGCCAAUUUUAAGCCGUGCAUAACGCUGGCACAAGCAAACAAUUCAUGCUAUAGAUAAACCAAUCAUAAAAUAUGUUAAAGCGUGACAACAAUUUAAUAGCAACAACAACAAUUGGAGCGUAAGAGACAACAAAUAUCAUAUACAAACUUUUAGCAAACUGUCAAGCCGGUCACCGCCUCUAAAGUGCAUCAACAGCAGCAGCAGCAGCAACAACUAAAAACAACUAAAACCAACUAAAAACUUGACCGAAUUUUGAAUCAAUUUGGCGUCUCUAAUCUCGCCCAGAGUCGCCGUCGCUGUCGCCUUCACGAUCGCAAUGAUUUAUUCAGCAUAUUUCUGAAAAAACUGACAAUCUGACAACAGAAUAAAAAAGAAAAAUAAAACAGCUAAUACAGACACGUUCAAGCCCAAGCUUUUAGGCAGUCGUGUAAACAGUCGAGCAAACAUUUUGCUGAUGAAUGUGCCGCUGGCUUAGUGAGUGCCAAGGAUGCCAAUGAAAGUGUAGCUCAAAGUGAUUCGUGCCGCAUAUUGUUGCAUGUAAACACAAACAACAGAUAGUAGUGGCAACUCAAAGACUCUGUUUGCAUAGGACAGACACCAAGGCACAAAGGCUAAACAGUUCUAUGUUCUGAAUGGAGACGACGUGUGGACGCCAACGGGCCACGGCAAGCAGACGGAGCUAUCGGGGCAUUAGCAUUGGCCAGUGUUUGCCAACAUCAGCCAAAACAACAACAUGGCCAUAAUAAGGCAACAGCAACGAACUAAAUGUAAUUCAUGGUUACAAAUACCCAACAACCUGCUGCUACUGGUGGUGAACACAAAUAUACACCCAUCACAAAAGUACCGCCAUGAAUGAGACAGAGUGUGAGGAUCUCAUUAAAUCUGUGAAAUGGACGGAACCGGCGAACCUGAUCUCUCUGGCCAUACUCGAGUUUAUCAACGUACUGGUCAUUGGCGGCAAUUGUCUUGUAAUUGCCGCCGUCUUCUGUUCAAACAAAUUACGCAGUGUUACCAAUUUUUUCAUCGUUAACUUGGCCGUUGCCGAUUUACUAGUGGGCCUGGCGGUGCUACCAUUCUCGGCCACCUGGGAGGUGUUCAAGGUUUGGAUAUUUGGCGACGUCUGGUGCCGCAUUUGGCUAGCGGUGGAUGUCUGGAUGUGCACGGCAUCGAUACUGAAUCUAUGUGCCAUAUCUUUGGAUCGCUACGUGGCAGUCACGCGACCCGUCACCUAUCCAAGCAUAAUGUCAACGAAGAAGGCCAAGUCCUUAAUCGCCGGCAUUUGGGUACUCUCAUUUGUUAUAUGCUUUCCGCCUUUAGUUGGCUGGAAAGAUCAAAAGGCCAUGGUACAACCGACCUACACACGGGGAAACUAUACGCUUUACUAUGCCACCACAAUGUCAAGUACACAGGAUGGGCAACUAGAUGUAGGUAGAAUUAAGCAAAAGCAGGAGGAGGAGGCUGCUGCCUCGCUGAUUAUUGAAAAUGGCAAUGCCAAUGGCAAUGCUUACAAUCCAUACGAUCCCAACUUUGCGCCAAUCGACGGCUCCGCCGAGAUACAUAUUGCAGCCAUGACGACGACAACAACAUCAACAGCAAGGACAACCACUACAACAGCAAGCACAAUUUCGCCUAGCACAGCAAUGGAUUAUGAUCUGUUGAAUGCUCCAGCGGUUAAUGUGCCACAGCCGGCAACAAGUUGCCCCUGGAAGUGUGAGCUAACCAAUGAUCGAGGUUAUGUGCUCUACUCGGCACUGGGCUCCUUCUAUAUACCCAUGUUUGUAAUGCUCUUCUUCUACUGGCGCAUCUAUCGAGCCGCCGUACGCACCACGCGUGCCAUUAAUCAGGGCUUCAAGACCACAAAGGGCUCCAAGGGCAUUGGCUCACGUUUUGAGGAGCAGCGUCUGACGCUGCGCAUACAUCGCGGGCGUGGCUCUAACCAGCAGGACUCGAUGCACAGCAAUGGCAGCACACAGAGCACCACAACCACACUCGGGACCCCGUCGCCGGAGCGCCUGAGCAAAUAUGCGACGCGAAGACUACAUCAUCAUCAUGACAAGAUCAAGAUAUCUGUGUCGUAUCCAUCUAGCGAGAAUAUCAACGAGCUGACGCAGCCGGAGACGACCCAUGAAUCGCGGCGCACCUCCAGCAAUGCCCUCUUCUCCGUACACUACAAUGGCGCCCAUGGACGCGAGUCCACCGAAUCUCAACUGUAUAGGCAGCAGCAUCAUGGCGGCAGCACGUGCUAUUUACAGGUCAGCAAGGCGCUGCCGGAGCUGGCGCGACGCCAGAGCAACAGCAGCGAGGCUGGCGGCAUUGGGGUUCAUCCGCGAACCGCCAACAAAAAGAUGGGCAGACGGAAUAUCAAGGCGCAGGUGAAGCGCUUUCGCAUGGAGACGAAGGCGGCAAAGACCUUGGCCAUUAUUGUGGGCAUGUUCAUCUUCUGCUGGUUUCCGUUCUUCACGAUUUAUAUAAUCAGACCCUUCUGUCAGGACUGCGUUGAUCCGCUACUCUUUUCGGUGCUUUUCUGGCUGGGCUACUGUAACUCGGCGGUGAAUCCUAUGAUAUAUGCGCUCUUCUCUAAGGACUUUCGCUUUGCAUUCAAGCGCAUCAUAUGCCGAUGCUUCUGCUCCCGCCAGAGUGUUUCCUUGAAGAGCUCUCGCCGUGGCUCCGAUAUGUCUGCUGUACGCAUUCAGGGGCGCACGCCCAGCAUUACGCCCAGUGCCGCGGCACACAGCUUUGGCGAUGAGAGCGAGCUACAUCAUUCGCACUCGGAACUGGGCAACGAGUCCAGAUGACGUUCAUUUGGGCCCAGCUCAAGCUCGCAGAGCAGCUUGGGCGGGUUGCGUAAGACGAGCCUGAAGGUGCCCGUCUACGAGAUUUGCCAUCCGCUAGUCAUGGAAACGCCCUCCUACUCCUACGUCGAGGCUCCCGGCGAGGUCCCAACCUCAGCCAGCAAUGGCGGGGCCAAGCGCACGCAAUUGUAGCCGCGGGAGCUGCUGGCGCUGCGCAGCCUGGCGACCAACGAGAAGAAUCCCCAUUCAAUGCCAGGGCAGCGACCGCGGCGCACGGUGCGCAUCGAAUACAGCGAUGCGAGGGUCUAAAGAGACACCCUAGAGAAGUAGGCACUAAGCCAAGUUAAGAACAAUGCUGAACAAAUGUAAGCUUCUAGUUAAAAGCUCACAGAUAAAAUACGAUGAAAAGUGUUUGGUUAAACCAAAAUAAAUUUAGCUUCUUCCGUUUGAACAAGUAAAUUAACUAUAAAUUAUAAAUGUACAUAGAAUAGUUUCAACUACUAAGUACUCUUUGGCUUAAGCAUAUUCCACAUAAAUCGAUUUUAAGUAGUUAGUCCAAAGACAGAGCAGUAAAGUAUCUCAUACUAGAUAAAAUUUGUGUCUAUUUGUUAUAAAUAAUGUCUACAUACAUAUAUACUACAUAUAUCAGAAGGCCAAAUUGCGAUAGCUGCCGUGUAGAAAGAUUAUCGCCGAGAAUUAAAUUGAGAGUUGUACCUUUAAAAUUCCAUAUAAUCUCCAAAAGUUACAUAAUUACAAAAAAAAAAAACCAAAACCAAAUAGUUGCACAAUGCGUAUUAAAUAUAGUAAAUCCAUAAAUGUUUAUUGAAAUGUUAAUGUUGUGUGCUGUUCAGAUUUUAACAUACUUUCCAAGAUAUAUGUGUAUAAACGCGACAUAUAUGAAUAUACCAUAUGAAAUAAAUACAUAUGAUUCUCAAAUAUAAUAUUCCAUACGAUUCCAGUUAAAUGUUCAGUGUGCUAUAAAUAAAUGCUAACUUAAUUUAUUGAAAAACCAA